UAGGUCACAUGACAUUGUUUACGGGAAGUACGGAACGCCAAGUCCGUCGUUUCCUCAUGCAUGUGUAUAUGUACUUCAUGUGAAUCAUGCAUUUCUUCUAUUUUUAACUUUAUAUUGCCUGCAUUUAGCGCCGAUAAUGUGAAAGUAUGAUUGUGCUGCCAGCCUUUUAUUAUUGUGCAGCAUGAGAUGGAAGCGGCUGUUUCAACAAAGUUGAAAUAGUUUGCAACCGUGUCACUGGGUUUUCCUAAUUUCAUGCGACACAUCAGGCAUUCUCUCAAUAACAAUGAGGUCGUUGAAUUUCGUCCAGCGUGUGAGUUUGGAUUUCACGGGUACUCUGUUUCCUCAUGCAAUUUGUCUGGGAGAUGCAGACAACGAUACGUUGAACGAGCUUGUCGUGGGAGACACCAGUGGGAAGUUACUGAUAUACAAAAAUGACGUCUCCAAACCCUGGAUGACAAGAACCUGUGUCGGCAUGCUCACAUGUGUUGCCGUUGGGGACGUAUGCAACAAAGGAAAGAACUUUGUGGUCGCGGUCAGUGCCGAGGGCUGGUUCCACCUGUUCGACAUGACCGCCGCCGCCUCGGGGAAAGCCGACUCCGUCAGCCAGCACGAGUCCCUGUGCCUCGACGACCAGAAACCCUGCUUCACACAACACAUCCCCGCCAACACCAAGGUCCUCCUCAUCAGCGACAUCGACGGGGACGGCCACUGGGAGCUGGUGGUGGGCUACACGGACCGCGUGGUGCGGGCGUUCCGCUGGGAGGAGCCGGCGGACGCCGCUGACCUGGGGUCAGGCCAGCUCGUCCUGCUCAAGAAGUGGCUGCUGGAGGGACAGGUGGACAGUCUGUCGGUGAACCCGGGGAACGAGGGCCUCCCGGAGCUGAUGGUGUCGCAGCCCGGCUGCGGAUACGCCAUCCUGCUCUGCUCCUGGGCCACGCAGGCCCCCCCCGCCGCAGCCGGGGACCCCCCCCCAGACGCCGGGGACCCCCCCCCAGCCGCCGGGGGGGACGGCAGCGGGGGGACGGCUGUCUCCACACCCGGCAGCCCCAGGGAUGUAAUACUGCAUCUGACCACCGGGCGGAUCCACAACAAGAACGUCUCCACUCACCUGAUCGGCAGCAUUAGCAGAGGUUCAAAGGAGGAAUCUUCCAAAUGUGGGCUCUUCGCCAUGUGCACUCUAGAUGGUUGCCAUGGUGACCGCAUCCCCCUGUUCCCGUGCUGGCGUGUGCUAGGAACCCUGAAGUUGAUGGACAGCUCGGAGCAGCUGUGGUGGUCAGUCCAGGUGGACCACCAGCUCUUUGCCCUGCAGAAGCUGGACGUUACCGGGGACGGGAGGGAGGAGGUGGUGGCGUGCGCCUGGGACGGGCAGACCUACAUCAUCGACCACCACCGCACGGUGGUGCGCUUCCAGUUCGAGGAGAACGUCAACGCCUUCUGCGCCGGGCAGUACACGUGUAAGGAGGGCCGGAACAGUCCGUGCCUGGUGUACGUCGGCUUCAACCACAAGAUCUACGUCUACUGGCGGGUGGGGUUGGAGCGCAUGGAGCCCACCAACCUGCUGCGCCUCCUGGAGCAGAGGCCCGCCUUCCAGGGCCUGCUGCAGCAGCUGGGGCUGGACGGAGAGGACCCGGCAGCCGUCAGGAAGCUGCUGGCAGACGUCCUCUACAAAGACGGCGCCGUCCAAACGCCGUGACGCGCGAUCACGAAGGCCGGCUGUUCGGACACGCGCCCCCUCACGGCCGUUCAUGUAAAUACUAAUUCAAUGUCUGCCAAUAAAUACCUCUGCAUUCUCCCCCCAAA